UUGGUCAUGUGAUGUGGAACUGGGCGGUUUCAUGGUGAAGCGAGGUGGCCUAACUGGACCAUAGUUGGGGCAGAAAAAAGCGCGUUUCUUGCGUUUGACCAUCAGGCCUUAAAUGCAGGGUUUUUAUCGUUUUAAAUAUGGACACCCAGACACCAAGGGGCAGCAACCAAGAUUCACUUUCCUCCCAGUUGUCCAACGGCUACAUUCUGCCAGAGGGCAGAGUCACUCCCAAUGCCAUCUUUGUUGGUGGGAUUGACACUAGAGCUAAUACAGCCGAAAUGAGGGACUUCUUUGCGACAUAUGGUACAGUCAAGGAUGUGAAAAUCAUCACAUACCGUGGAGGACUCAGCAAAGGGUAUGGGUUUGUGUACUUUACUGAAGAUGUGGACGUUAAGUCAAUUGUUGAUCAACAUAUCAUUUGGAAAGGGAAGACACUCAAGCUGGGCCCCGCAAUCAUCAAGCACAGGACUUGUCGAACUAGACCACCACCGCGUAUGAUGCCACUUGAGCCUUGGAUGAGCCCCUCCCAGUAUGUGUACUGCACAUGCUGCCCACCCAAUGCAACUUCUAUGACCCAACCCUCACCCUUCGUUAAUGGUGGAAGCCCCUACUAUCACCAGCCAUACCCCUACUCCCAAUUUGGAAGCGUUAUGAUUCCACAGAUGCCAGUGAAUCCUCAUAAUGCGUACGCCUACCAGUACGCUCCGCCUUACUGGACAGCUGACCAGAGAGCACGGCUGGGCAAUCAGAAUGCUGUUGAGUGUGGCGUUCAGACCAUGCUGACCGUGCUGUAGCUCGCACAGCUUCUGACCCCACACCAGGGUAUACAGGACAUCAGAAUACAGAUAAGACGAAACCUCUACUUCACCCGACUGCCACAAACCUCCCCCCUGACAUUUUGUUUCCUCCAUUCGCUUGGCUUCUGAGGUCAAUUUUAAUUUAUUUUCUAGUCCCAUCACAGUCACCUUUGACCCACAACUGGUCGGGACCACAAACCUCACAGUGCUUUUAAUGUGUAAAGAUCACUCAGAAAAGGGUCACGAGGAAGAGCAGAGCACUCUCACCGUACCAGCUUGUUUGGUAAUUAAUUAAGGAAAAGGAAAAAAAAAAGUCUUUUAAGAUCACCUUUUGUGCCUAUUUAUAUUUUUUUUUACAUUUUGAUUUAUUUAAUUAUUUUUUAAAAUGUUGAGUUGGUCUUUUUUUUUGACUGUAAAACAAUAUUCAAAAAUAUGUAUAUAUGAUAACGGCCUGACAACACUAGUUUCUAUGCUUCAACAUUUUGGCCAUUUUAUUGAGUUUUUACACCCAUGUUUACUUUGUUCUUUAAUUUCACAUGACAUCGGGUGGAGGCGAGCACUGGUAAGGCAACAGAAUCACAUUUCGCACAUCAACUUGAUCACACAUCACUAUCACAUGGCAGAGUUACCAGCCAACUUGUUUGAAGUUUAAAAAUGCCUUGAAACGCCUUUGACAUUGAAGGACAUUUCAAGUGCUCUUUUUGGGAGAAGAAAGUUAACACUUGCAUGACUCACUAGGAUCCUAGUCGUUUGUAUUUGAGGAUUCAUCCUGACGCAAGUUUUUGUUUAUUUUACACUUUGUAAGGUAAAAAAACCAGCACUGCCUCAUUUGCACUGCACAUAUGGUGAUUGUUUUCAUUGCCUUUGUCUGGAUUGGUGCAUCUUGGCGCAGGUUGUAUAUGUUUCAGGAUUUUCAGGUCUCGUGUGCCCCUAAAAAAAAAACACUGCUAAAGUGUGUAUUCAGGGAGUCUGGGCAUUGCACUGUUAGUUUUUGUAGUGUUCCAUGUGUUUGGAUAAAUAAAAACUAUAAUAAAAGUUUAA